AUGACAUUAAGGAAACAAAAAAGAGUUGGCAGAGAUUCUCUUAUUCGUGCAGAGAAGCUUCUUGAUGACUGCAGAUUAGUAGAGAAAGUCUUACGACGCAUGCGUACGCGUGAUGAGAAGAAAGAACAUUUGUUGGAGGUGAGGAGUUUAAUGUUUGAGCAACAAAGAUUUGAAUUAACAGAUCCUUUUUAUUCACAUCCUCUUUGGCCACAAUUAAGGGAAAAGAUAAAAGGUAGUAGUAAUAGGAGAGGAGACAAGAGAGGAGACAGGAAGGGUGCACAAUCUGCUGCUGCUGCUGCUGCUGCUGCUGCUGCAGCUGCUGCUGCUGCUGGUGGUAAUGCAGCAGCAGCAGACCCUAAUAGCAGCAGACAACUCGCUAUCAGCAGCAAUUGGAUCAAGAAAGGAGGAAGAAAAGGAGACAAAAAUAGCAAACAAUUACCUCUUGCUAUCCCUUCUCUUCUAUUAAGACCUAGAGGUUUUCAUUUAUUUUCUAUACAUAUGUAUCUGCAGCAGCAGCAGCAGCAGCAGAAGCAGCAGCAGCUAGUCUUUGAUGCAGCAGCAGGAGACUGGGGUGGAUUAGAGGGAGACGGCCCAAUCUUUGACCCUCCGCAGCAACAGCAGCAGGGAUCGUCAUCAUCAUCAUCAGCAGCAGCAGCUGCUGCAGCAGCAGCAGCAGCAGCAGCAGAUAGACAGCAGCAAGAAGAAGAGUAUAGAGCAGCAGCAGAAGCAGCAAAAGCAAAACGUCUCCGUCUUAGUCCAUCACAAGAAGAUGCAACAGAGAUGGCAGCAGCAUUUGCUGAAUGGCUACACAUUAUUACCAACCGUGGGAACGGGCCAGUAGCAGCAGCUGCUGCUGCAUCAACAAUUGCUUCACCUGCAGCAGACGUCCCUGCUGCUGCUGCAGCAGACAGCAGCAGCAGCAGCAGCAGCAGCAAGGCAGAGGUGUCGGGAGGAGACAAAUUCCUCCGCACAGGGGCAAGAGACAUACAGCAGCAGCAGCAGCAGCAGCAGCAGCAAGCUGUAUGUGCUGCUGCACCAAUAUCUCAGCGGGGGGCCCCCCAAUGGUAG